AUGCUCUCCGCACAGCGUCGCUAUUCGAUGCGUAAAAUGGAACAAGGAAUGGUCCAGGUUUAUCUCAGCGCUGUUUAUUACAUCCUGGAGCCUCACACUUGGACGCCGGUACCAAGACAUUCGAUUAAACGCCGCUACGACGGGCGGGAGACGGAGGCUUGCGUGGCCUUAAGGUCGAGAUUGAGCCUCGGCGACGCGGGAGUUUCGCCUCUAAGCGCUCGGCGGGGAUGUCCCUCUCUGCGGACGACCCUCGGGGGAAGAGAGUUCUGUAAGCACCAGCGCCUACGAUACUUAGAGUCCAGAUUCCUUCGGGGAGGAAUGGAGCCUCUCGACCUUACGGGAUGCGUGGUAGCACAUCCCUCGACUCUUGGUACCGAUGUUGACGCAUACCAUACAGAAACUAACGACAGAUAUCCCCUAAGAGUAAUGCAUAUGCUAGAUGUUCCAUUCAUCAGUCGUGAUUCAACUCUAAAUCAUGUAUACUUCUCCGACUCUCGGAAUGUUCUCCCUCGCAUGAUGCACGUAGCUGUGUUCUCUUUGUCAACUUUUAAACGAAUCACUGAAAUGUUAUUUGUUGCCGCACCAUGUGCUCCGCGCAGGCACUUCGUCAUCAUCGGCCUCCAUACAGCAGGCGCUCCUCCGGGCUGGCAGCACCUCUUGACGGAGCACCAUGAUAUCCCCGAAUACUACUACGCGUUCGGGCCGACCGUCGACGGCGUGGUGAUCGACACCGACUACGACACGGACCGCCAGUCGUACAUCGGGCGCCUGUCGAGUUACGCCCUCGUCUUCGGCGUCACGCCCUCCGACGCCUUCUUCGUCUUCAACGACGACGACGUCAAGUUUGGUCUUGAGACGGACAAGAGAAACAAAAUUCUAAGGUCGUUUAUCCGGAACACAUACAACUACCACCUGACUGAAAUUAUGGCGACCGUCAUCAACGAGUACACGGACUGGGAGCGGCCCGUGCGGCACCCGAUCAGCACGCGAGACGAGACCCUGGCACUGCUCUCCGACGCCCUCUACUCGGCGCCCGUGCUCAACACCGGCAGCCUGCACGCCCUCUCCUCGCCGCACACCUUCCUCUACGUCUUCGACCACCAGACCAGGAACGGGGACUUCCAGCAUCGUGUCGGCUGCGUCCACGGGGAGGAGCUGGCUUACAUGUGGGGGGCGCCCCUGGUGGAGUCGCUCUCCUACUUCCCCAGCAACUACACGCAGAGCGAGAUCAAGCUGUCGGAAACCAUGCUCAGCUACUGGACCAACUUCGCUAGAACGGGGAAUCCGAAUGAACCAACGAAUCAGAUACAGGACCGAAGCGGCGAAAAGAACCGGUACAGGCUGAUGGAGUGGCCAGUCUACGACGGGAUGCACCGGAAGUACCUUGACAUCGGCUUGAAAUCUCGAGUUCGCGACCACUACCGCUCCCACCAGCUGAGCUUCUGGCUGCAGUUGGUGCCGCAGCUGCACCGGGCUGGAAAGGACGCCCCUGAAGAGCACCACCACCUUGAAAACCACAACGACUGGAACUCCUACAGGGGAUUCGUCCGAUCCGAGCCCGUUACCAGAGUAAUUCUGCCUCCUGAUACCACGACGGUGGCGACCACGACGCGCCAGUACAACGUGAGUGCGGUGCUGCAGCCGACGGCCUCGGGCUCCGACGCAAACAAGACGGGGAAGCAGAGCCACCCGUCCCUGAGCGACGGAUUCGCCGCCUACUCCACGGCGCUGUCGGUCACCAUCGCCAUCGGCUGCUCGCUGCUCAUCCUCAACGUCCUGAUCUUCGCCGGCGUGUAUUAUCAGCGCGACAAGUCCCGGAUGGAGGCCAAGAAGGUGGCCGAGAACGGCGGCCUUCUGGCCCCCGCCCACAGCAUCAGUGGAGACGUACACACCCCGCCCACGCCCAGCCUAGCCGUCAAGGCGGAAGUAGCCGCCCGCAUGUCGGCGGCGGGGAUGAAGGCGCCCCCGUCGACGCCCAUGGCCCAGGCUACCCACCUCCCGCCACCGGAGUUUGCCGAUUACCCGAGCCAAGCAGCCCACUACGGCACGGCCCAGGGCGUGUCCCACCUGCACACUCUGCCCCGGGGCACGAGCAAGCACGUGACCUGCGAGGCACAGGGCAUGCAGGGUGGGCAGGGCAGCCUGACCUUGAGCGUGCCGCGGGCCCCGCCCCCGCCGCGCGUCCCGUGCCACACCUCGGAGGCCCAGCCGCUCCUCAAGCAGACCUCCUUCACGCUCACCUCCCCCAGCACCAACACCUCCAAAAGCCCCUCCAAAGAUUCCAACAUAGGAGAGCUGCGGGUAUAGCAACCCUAAGGGUGGCUUCCUAGAGUAAUCCUCUCCUCCCUCUCCCCCUCGUCACCUCCCCCGCCACUCUCCCCAGGAAUCCUUUUAGUCGCACCUCCCUCGCCGCUCCUCCUGCCCGCACCGCGUUCACCGCUCCCAGUCCAAGCACCAUGACCCAACUUGACCCCGGACCUCCCGACCCGACACAAACCCCUCCUUCCCCU